AUGAACAAAGAUUAGUAUAAUGACGAAUCAGAAAAUUUGUUGCACUUACAAUUCAGAUAAAUAUAGGACAUCAAUAUAGUAGAAGGUUAAGAUGAGCAGUAAGAAAGAGAAGGUAAUUCGGAUACUGUUAGUACUUUACUAACAUUCAGAUCUGAAUAGAGUUAAGAAAACAAUUCCACUAGCAUAUUUGAAAACUUGAAUAUGCUAGAUGAAGUAGAAUAAAAGAAUUAACUUUAAUCAUGGAUUGCUAAAAUUAAAGAAAUGGCUACAUAAAAUCUUUAAACUAAAAAGAUUAGACUUAAGUAAAAACAGGCAUCAUAAAAGGCAAGAUUUUAAAACUAAGCAACAAGUAUUAUAAGUUUCAAAAAAUGGUAGAAGAAAAAUAUCAAUUGA